CACAGCAACCAAGUUGUUUAUUGAUGGCCGCUGCCUACAAGAAAAUAUUUAGAAACCGCGUACUGAGUUUCCCAUCAACGACUGGCUAAGUUUCAUUGCCAAGAAUGGUAAACUAUUAUAUUUGCUAGUUUGAAGGAAAAGACACUCAAUUAGCAUUGGUAAAUAACCCAUUUAUUUAUCAUUUUGUAUAGUUUUACGCCUUUGGAAUCAGUAUGGACGCAAAAGUCAUCAUUGUAGCGAUGUCGUUGAUGGUCACUCUUUGCCUUGGGGACUUGGCUAGUGACAUCAGCACAAAUACUGUGGAGCUUGAAUUUUACCGACUACAGGUGACAGAUUGGGAUACAAAUGGUAUGCAGACAAAGGUGGCGGCCAUCCUUGCAAGUGGAGCUAACACCUACUGCAGUGCCAACCCCAAUACCUGUGGUCUUGUUACAUGCUGUACCGGCACUGCCUUUAAAGAAAUAAACAUUGGUAAAGAUGCCAACUCCGCAGUUAAUGAGGAAAAGAACAUGCUUUUCAGCUUCCAUAUCACCAUACCUAGUGGAGCGUCUUUGGUUUCUAAUGACACUUAUGUCCUCACAUCUGCUAUUGUUAUCAAAAUCGUUGAAAAUGUGAGGACAGAUGUCUACGAUUCGAUUGGAUACUACAUCACCUGGGCUGACGAGACGUACUUCGGUGUUCCAACAGCAACCAAUGAAAACAUUAUCAUCACCAUCGUUGCUUUUAUUGUUCUUAUCAUUGUCAUUGUCAUCGCACUUUUCCUUCAUUACUGGAACAAGAGGCGUGAACACAAUGAAAAGAUGAUGAAGAAAAUUGAAGACAAGAAGGCCAAGAAGAACAAGAAGAAGGAAGAGGAGGGAGGCAAGAGUGGAGAAAGCGAGGGUUACAAACUGGAGACUGAGACCGGCCCCAUCCCUGUACCUGAAAAAUUAGCAUAUGACUAUAAAAAAACAAAGUCAAGAACUGUAACUCCUGCUAGGAAAUCCCAGCUGUAUGGUAAUGUUGAUGCUGGUGCGAGUAAGCUGCCAUCCUCUAAAGUGAGUGACACUGAUUCCGCAAUAAAGAUGGAUGAACCAAAGUCAAAUGGUGACCUUGAGGAAUCGUCUGCUAGGCGUCACGUAGACAAGGGUCACUCACUACCUCCCCUGAGGACUUCGGAGGCAAGAACAGAGGAGGAGGGUGAGGACAAGAAGAAGAGGAAGAAGGCAAAGAGGAAGCAUAGGAAAUCAAAGAGGGCAGCUCAUGAGAAUGCUGGGUAUCAAGCACAAUCGGAUGAUGAGGUGACAGACCUAUAGAAAAAGAGAGAGGUAGAUUCAGAGAGUCAGAACAAUAAUAUGGUAUAUUUGGACCAAGCUUUACCAGGCAGAGUAAGCUUAAUAUGUGUUUACCAGGCAAAGUAAGCUUAAUAUGUGUUUAAAUGAAAGCUUUAAAUACUAUGUGUAACGAAUAUUGUACAUGUACAUUUGUGAGAAAAAAAACUCAAAUCAAAAAUAAAUUUUAUUAAAUGUAUGUUCUUUGAUAAUAUCGCAACCACAAAAAGAGUUGUAAAUUAUAGACAUUUUUCUGCUUUGAUAUUCCUUUUCAUAAUUUGUUUUCAACUGUAUGGACUUUUAAAGCCAGAUUCUUUAAUACUGCUUGAUAAUAAGAACACAUUAUGACAAAUGCAAGCACAACAAAAAAAAAAAAAUUAGAAUACAUGAACAUUUUCACCUGCA